GAGUCACCGCGAAUGCCGUCGCCACCGCGCGUGAUCGUGAUCGUUGGUCCCACGGGGUCGGGAAAGUCCCGAUUGGCCGUAGAACUUGCCCGCGCGCUCGGGGGAGACGUCAUCAAUGCGGACGCGUUGCAAUUUCACGACUCGCUGCCAAUCUGUACGGCGCGCGUUCGAGAAGAUGAAAUGGAAGGCGUGCGACAUCAUCUAGUUGGGUGCGUGAAAUACGGUGAAUACUUCGAUGUGCGCGCGUUUCGAGCGCGCGCGGGAUCGAUCGUGCGCGAGUGCGUGGGUGAAGGGAGGUCGGUAAUUGUGGUGGGCGGGAGCAACUACUACGCUCAAGCGCUCGUGUCCGACUCGCUGAUGGAUGUCAGAGAUAGAGAAGAAGAAGAAUGUAUCAGUGAUAAGAGUUUUAUCGAUGACAUAGGACCGAAUGGUGGACGCCGAACGGCUGCCGAAGAUGGAACGGUUGGCGUUGACGCGUCGACGGCGUACGCUCGGCUCGCCGAGGUUGAUCCUGAGAGCGCUCAGAGACUUCACCCGAACGAUAUCCGACGUGUUCGCCGGUAUUUGGAAAUCUUUGAUACCACUGGUGAACGUCCGAGCGAUGUAUUCAAGCGAGAGCGCACUAUGAAGAAGUUUGUGAGCCAAUUUGACGUACUCGGUUGCCGGACCAUCUUCAUCGCGUUGAAAUGUGACUCGAAAGUUCUUGACGAGAUUCUUCGAGCGAGAGUCCUGUCCAUGGUUGAAAACGGGUUGGUCGAUGAACUGGAGCAGUUUGCGCGCUGUCAUGGCGUUGAAUCUCCGGACGGUGCUCGGGGAGACGUCCGUCAGGCGAUCGGUUACGCGGAGUGGAUGCCAUACUUGCAAGCCAAAGUUAAAAUGGACUCGACGCCUUGUGUCGACAGCGAACUCGCAUCAAUGCGUGAUGAAGCCAUCGAGGCGACUGUACGGCACACUUGUCGUCUAUCACGACGUCAACAGUCACGUUUGACGACCUUUGCGAAGCAAUACGGUUGGCCCGUGAGAUUCGUCGAUGUAUCGGAUUCGUUGAGUAAGUUCUGUUCGGAGCGCGCCGCCUUCAAAGAUAGCUGGUACGCGAAUGUCGUUCAUCGUGCCCUAGAACUGUGCGAACAUGAAGACGUCGUCGAAUUAGACUCAGGAAACAGCUCAAAACAGGUCGCUGUGCACACGUGCGAGGCGUGUGGGAAAACGUUGCGAGGCGAAAUCGAGUGGCGAGCCCACCUGAAUGGCAGGCGCCACCGAAAGGCUUCUGCCAAUGCGAGGAAACGCCAGAGACUUGAGUUUGGGACAAAACAUCCAAGGUUAGGUAGACAAUAG